UGAAAACAAAGAUCAUGUCACAUGAUAAACUCAGACUUCCUGAUGCAUCAUUGUUAAAACAAGAAGAAAAUGGGUUUGAAAACAUGGAUAGCUGUGAGUGUUGUCAUCAUAGGUGUGAUAUUUAUUAUGUAUCCAGAACCGCACUUGACUCCUAAGGUGAUAGCAUGGAAAGAAGGAGGGAAGUAUCUUCAAUACAAGAGCUACCAGAUAUUUUACAGGGUGGAAAAUGGGAAAACAAAUGAUGGCAGUACAUUACUUUGUCUUCAUGGAUAUCCUACGUCUAGUUAUGAUUGGAUGAAGAUAUUGGAUGGUCUGAAAGAACACUUUUCCAAAAUUAUACUGUAUGACUAUAUUGGGUUUGGUUUUAGUGAUAAACCUGAUAACCAAACAUAUACUAUAAUGGAACAGGCAGAUAUAGGGGAGAGAAUUUUGAAGGAACUUAAGGUCACCAAAGUUCAUAUCUUGGCACAUGACUAUGGAGAUACAGUUGCAUUAGAAUUGCUUGCAAGAUACAAUAAUAAAGAAAACAAAGACAGAAUUCCAGGAAUACAGACACUUUGUCUGUCUAAUGGAGGCAUCUUUCCAGAAACUUAUGCCCCUAGACCCAUUCAAAAAUUACUUUUAAACCCUUAUGCUGGACCAAUAGCCUCAAGAGUUACAUUCUUCUUUAUAUUUAAAACAGCCUUUGGUGAAAUAUUUGGACCUGAAACAGUUCCAUUAGAAGAUGACUUGUGGGACUUCUUUGUAAUUAUAUUACACAAAAAUGGUCACGUCAUUAGUCACAGACUAAUGCAAUAUAUUACACAAAGAACAGAGUUCAAGGACAGAUGGGUUGGUGCCUUGAAAAAUACACCAGUUAAAGUUCAUAUGAUUUUUGGCCCAGCAGACCCAGUAAAUCCAGAUUCUUUUAUUGACUUCUACAAGAAAUCAGUACCACAGCAUGGUAUCACAGUUCUUGACCCUAAGAUAGGUCACUAUCCACAAUGGGAGGCUCCUACAGCAUUUAUUGAUGCUUAUUCAACAUUUAUUAGAAAAACCAAGUCAUAACAGCCCUUUAUUUAUUUGUGUGGUUCAUCAAUGAAAUGGUGUUAAAAACUUUUGUGCCAUAAUGGAACAGCAACAUUUUUUAUAUUUGCUCUCAAAUUCUGGACUGUGAUAUGAAUUAAUUGUUUAUAUUUCAUAAUAAAAUGAUAAAUAGACCCAUAUAUUUCUACUCUCUUUCCUUCAAUAAAGUCUACUGUUUUUUGGCCUAAAAUACUGUAACGUAUACAUGUACAUCUGACGUUGGUCAACUAAUCUUGACCUUUUAUCACAGCUAACUAGUAACUUAAUUUUUUCGCACACAGUCCAGUUUCUUGUUCAUUUUUCCUAAAGAAAAUAGGUAACAGGAAUUACCAAAAAGUAUUAGACAUUACAAAAUGGGCAUACAAACCACAAAGUUUGGUGACUAUGUUGAGCACAUCUUUCCCUUCGAACUUGAAAUAAAGGAUACCACAGAAACAGUUUUCGCCUCAUAUCUUGAUUAACAUCUAGAAACUGAAAAUUAGGGUUGGUUGGGAACAAAACUUGACCACAAAAGGGACAAUUGUGAACUUUCCAUUUCUAUGUAUCAACAUUACAGCAGCAUCUGCUAUGGAGUAUAUACCUCCAAGUUGAUGUGAUUUCCAAGAGCUUGCAUUUUUCUGGGAAUAUAUUAUGUCCCAGCGUUUACUAUCAUGAUUUCUUUGAUAGAGGUUUGCUGCUUACAAGACGUGAUUGAACCAAGGGUUGAAGAUAUCCCUUCAAAAGUUAAGGACGCCAUCAUGAGUUGGUUGACCAUUAUGGAAUAUCUGUAAAUACCACAGAUAUGUUCCAAUUGUCGUAACCAAAACCCCAUCCUCUUUUCCUCAAUUAUGACAUCACCAAAUGAGACUUAUCGCAGAAUUUGUAUUUAAAAUGAACAACAUGACAGGUACCACUAGUUAAGCAGGAUCUGCUUAUCCUUACAGAGAACAUGAGAAUACCUGUUGAUUUUGGUGGGGGUUCAUGAUUUUUAUGAAAUUAAUAUCAAAAGGUUUAUAUAAGCAAUGUCUCAAACAAAUUCGAAAAUCAGAGCUGAUCAGUUAUUUUUAAAAAACUUAUGGCCCUUGGAAAUAUAAAUUAUAUUGAAAAUUGCAUUGUAAGCACUUUCAUCUGUACCAUCUUUUUUUUUCUCACACAAUUGACUUUUGUUUUACAUUUAAGAUAUUUCUUUAUAUAUGUAUUGCUGAUGCAUGUGUAGUAUAAUAAAGGACAUAAAAGAUGUAAACAAAAUAAAAAACGAUAUAAAGUUAAAAAUGAAAAAUAGAUAUGAAGAUUUAAUUGAAACUAGAUUUGAAAACAUUGAUGAUAAAAGUAAAUUUUAUCUAUAUAAAAAACUUAAAAAAGAUUGCAAACUAGAAUCUUAUCUAAAUAUAUCUAAUUUUCAGACAAGGAGAUUGAUCACUAAAUUUAGACUAAGUGAUCACUCCCUGUUAAUUGAAAAGGGGAGAUAUUUUAAAAUCCCAAGAGAGGAAAGACUUUGUCAUAAAUGUAAAAUACUAGAGGAUGAGAAACAUUUUUUACUCUAUUGUGAUUAUAAUAAAACACUAAGAAAUGCCUUUUUUGAACACAUAUGUACUGAAAAUAAUAACUUUAAUAAUUUAAAUGAAGAAGAAAAAAUUCAUUAUUUACUAAAUCCAUCAACGCCUUUACAAACAAAUAAGAUAGGAUCCUUCUUGAAAAAGUCAUUAGAACUGAGGGCAGUGGACUCUUUAACAGCUUGUUUGUUUUUAUAAAUUCUGAUGCUGUUUUUAUUGUGUUUGUUUGAUAUGUGCGUAUAUAUAUGUUUAUUAUAUGUUUAUUGUGUUAAUACAUGUUGGUCACAAACUGUAAAGUUUAUACGACAAUAAAAUAUUUGAUUUGAUUUGA